AUGUCAUUCGACUCUCUGACUGAUGAGGAGAAGGCCUUGUUGCAGCCUACUAUGGUAUUCAGCUGGCUGGACACUUUGACCUACAGCAAUAUCAACAAGACCCCGGGGGGCGCCAUACCUAUGGACUGGAAAUAUCCAAAGGAUGCAUCAGCGGCAGAGAAGCGGGACUUUGCGCUCCAAGGGAAGCCCAUUCCGCGUCACGAAGCCUUUGAUGUAGAAUACGCUACCUUAACUAGGACCUUGGUCACUCUCAUGUAUGGGAUGCUUAUACCAGAAGAAGGAAAGCCUGAGCCGCGGAUGUACAUUCACGAUUGCCUAAGCAUAAUUGAUGCAGACAAGGGGGAAGAUCACGUUCCGGUUGAGACUCUCGAUUGCCUGCGCGCGCUCAAGACGGAUUUUGAGAAAAGAAAUAAGCCUGAGUAUGUUGCGGGAAUUGACAACCUCAUACGGGAAUGUGAAGGGCGUGCUGCAAAGAACAAGGAAGCGAGGAGUGGUCGAAAUACAAUUGAGGGGUGA